AGUGCCAGAGGGGAGAAUCGGUGUGUUGGCAUCCUGGAGACAUUUCGAUCAAAGUGCAAUAAAACGUGUCCUCCCGCCGCGGACACACGUGUCGUAAUGCGGGGACACUUCCACUGAGCCACCGGAGCAACGUCAGCAGUGCUGAGGAGGGAAAAGAUGGGGAGGAAAGACGCCAGCGCGACCGGAUUGCCAGUCGAGCAGUACAGGAAACAGAUCGGUAAGCAGGACCACAAAAAGACAAAAUCGGUCUUAAAGGCCACACGGCUGAAGGCUGACGCGAAGAAGAAUUCCUCUGGAUUCAGGGAUGCGUUCCUCGUCAUUGCAGCGAUCGCGUUAGGUGUGCUCUGCAUCUACGCCUUCUUCUACCUCAACCUGAGCACCGAGCUCAACCUGGACGUGGACGAGGAUUAACAGGAAUCCAAGCUGUUCAGUAUGUGAGCAGGACACACUUUGACAAUGAACUGCCUCUUUAGGAGGGAAUUAGACAAUGUAAGUUUGAGGCCAUUUUUGAGAUUUGACACACAUUGUCCCUUGAUUUUCAGCAUAAAACUGCAGAAAUAAUUGUGCUGACAUUCAUUAUUUUACGGUUUUAAAUCCAUAAAAUAGAAACCGAGCCUCCUCUCACGCACGUCUUCCAAGCCGGAGCUCUGUUAAUCGUAUUCCGCCGAGUCACGUCCCGAUGUUUUCUCCACUAAUAGAAAAAUUUAAAUCUCCAACAGAACCUCUCGUCACAUCAAGACAAACACUUGCCUCACAUGCCAGUGCACAAACCCGCUCCUCGCGAACAGCCGCAGAUCACAGAGUGUGAGAUUAGAAUCCACAAAGCCCUGGUCCUGAUUGAACAUGUGUGCGGAAUACAGAGAUGCGCAUUGUACCUGCAGCACAUACAUGCCGCACUUAGGCAGACGUCCUCGGGAUUAGCAUGACAAACAUCUGGGCUGUUCUUUCAUUUGAAUGGAAAUUGACAAAGGUGACUGACGCAUGCUGCUCAUGAGGAACACCUUGAUGACUUCCCCCUUUACAGUGUGAUGCAUCUCUAUAGAACCAGACGUCAGGGUUUAGUCAAUGUUUAUUUUCUUUCUACUUCUCACUACGUUCAAUGUUAGCGUCUCUCUUUUGAGUCCACAAGCCACUUUGAAAUUAUAUAAUAUUUGCAUUUAAUUAUCACUUUCUGCUGCAAGCUUCCAGCACAUUCUUCCAGCCCUAACUAGCAAUAUCCGUGCUGUUUUAUAAAAGCCAAUCGAUGCAUUAUUCUGGAAACGUUUUUUUAAUGCAUUAAAAGGCCGUUACUAAAAAACACAAGAGGCCUUUUGACUUCUCUCAUUCCGAACAUGUUUUUUCUUUUUUCGUUUUUUUCCCGCUGAGCCUUUUCUUAAAAAACAAGUCUUAACGUCUGUGUCUCGAUUGUGUUCCGGGGCUCGAAAUAUGAGUCAGAUUUCGUGCUUUCAGUUUCUGCAUUUUCUCCCAUGACCUCCCGACCUCUAGUAAAAGACUACACGUCAAAGAAACCAUUAUGAUAAGCAUGCACCCGUACCCUCACCCAGUGGCUUUUAUCAGGCCUCGGUACAUCCACCCCCCCCCC